AUGCACAUUCUUAAGGAAGAAAAAAAGGAGGGGGGGGGGGGUCCAGUCUUGGCAAAACUCGUCAAGUUGGCUGAUAAACUUUAUAAUUUGCGUGAUUUGGAAAGACACAUUCCCCCGGCAUUUGGAAAACAAGGCGCGCGGGAAUAUUUUAACUGGGCGAAGAAAGUAGUGUUUCAGUUAAAGGGCACAAAUGAAGCACUAGAAAUGGCAUUGGAUGAUGUGAUAAAUCGUUUCCUUGAGAAACAAUAA